CAAAUGGGGUCCCACAGCUGUUAUAACACAUCUCCUAAUGGGCCCCCACACACAGCCGCAACUCUUGGCCCCACGCACACAACCCAACCCCCCCACCUUCAUCUUCUUCCUCCUUCCUCCAUCCUCCUCCUUUCUCCGCCGUAACCAAAAAAUUUCCAGGUUCAGUUAAAAAAAAACUCUCAUUAUCAUUAAUGGUUACCGAACCCUAAAACCUCCUCCUCCUCCUCCUUCUUUCCUCAAUUUCUCUAUUCAAUCUCUUUUCAAUUCCUUUCUCUAAUGGAUAACUAUUCCUACUCCUCCUAUCCCGAUUCUCGCGACUCCUCUCCUCGUUCCUGCGAAAACCCUUCUUGGGACGACCCCUCUACCAAUCUCAACCCCACCCACCACAGCUACAAAGUCAAAUUCAUGUGUAGCUAUGGCGGCAAGAUACAACCCAGAGCUCACGACAAUCAACUUACUUACACCGGCGGCGACACCAAGAUUCUCGCCGUCGAUCGUACUAUCACUUUCUCUGCUCUUUCUUCCAGGUUAUCUUCUCUCUGCUGCGACGUUACUGUUUGUUUUAAGUACCAACUUCCUGGCGAAGAUCUCGAUGCUUUGAUAUCUGUUACCAACGACGAAGAUCUUGAGCACAUGAUGUUGGAGUAUGACCGGUUGUAUCGUGUCUCGAAGCCUGCGAGGUUACGGCUUUUUCUCUUUCCUUUAAACCCACCUGUUGUCCCGACGAUUCUUGCCUCCCAGGACCCCAAAUCGGACAGGCAAUGGUUCGUCGAUGCGUUGAAUUCUGUGCGGAUUCAGCCUCUGGAAGAUUCUUCCUCCCCGCCUGUUGAUCCUCCUGGAUCUGCCUCGAAUCCUGAUUUCUUGUUUGGAUUUGAUAAAGGUUACCAUCCAACUCCGGUUCCAGGUUCUAACUUGACGGAUUUACCCACCUCGAACACCGCUGUGAAGGACGUUUCCGCUGGGUCUGAUUGUGGAUCUGAAGAUCGUCAUUUAGUCGGAGAACCUGCUGUUUCUCCGUCGGAGUUUCAAAAGCAGAUUCUGGACUUGCAGAGAUUGCAAGUGACGAAUGAGAGAAGCAGCGAUGAGACCAACUCAAAAACUUCUGCUAGCGAUUCUCACCCACCAAAAAUUGCAGAGAAAAUCGCUCCACCACCGGCGGCAGUUCCUCUGCCUGUACCAUUAGCAGUCCCCACGGCAUACUUCCCCGACAGGCAGAUGAUCUCCAGUGGUUAUACAGUAGCUGCUUCAGCCAAUGCUCCGGCCACCGACCAGUCAAUAUAUCUAAUUCCGACUGCCGCGGGUUUAUUUCAAGCUCAAACGCUUAGACCCAUCAGCGGACCAGUUGGGCACCAGCCUUAUUACGGAAUGCCAACAUACCGUGAAGCCCAGGUUCAUAGUUCGGUGGCACAACCAAAUGUCGGAGUUUACACUUCAGAGGGGAUUCAAAUGAUGCAGCCCAAGAUUACCGUAAACGAGGCCGGCUACACUCAGGUUGCAUAUGAUCACAACACCGGCCGACAAGUUUACUUCACCACCGCGCCACCGUAUCAGACCAUGGCUCCGGUGGCGGUUGAUCACGGGAGACCUAGUGUCGGUGGUGGUGGUGGUGUAAGCUCCUAUAAUCCGGAUGGUAACGUGAUUAACACCUCCAAAGCCUCUGGUUUAUGAUCACAGAAAUAAAAAACGUGGAUAUGAUGUGAUUAAUUCAAUUUUAUCAUUGUCAUUAGUUUAAUAAAUGUAGUUGUUGGUUGAUAAUCUAGGUGUUGAUGAAUUUGUAUCGUCAUUGUUUGGUGUCUAUAUUGAAAUGAGAUUGAAGGUAUUUGUUUA